AUGGACUCCAUUGCUGGAUUCGCCGAUUCGUAUGAAAUCAGCAACACAAGCAGCACCAGCUUCUUCGCCGCACCGGCACCAACCGAUAUCACCGAAUCAUCUGUCGAUAACCCGGCGGGACUUCCCACCGGAGCGGAGAUAUCGGCGUUUCAACUACUCUCCAGCAGCCUCGAGUCCGUGUUCGACUCGCCUGAAUCGUUCUACAGCGACGCCAAGCUGGUUCUCGCCGAUGGACGGGAGAUCUCUUUCCACCGAUGCAUUCUCUCCGGGAGAAGCCCCUUCUUCAAAACCGCUUUAGCCGCCGCCGCCGAGAAGGAGCAAAAAUCCGGUGCCGCCGUGAAGCUCGUGCUUAAGGAGAUCGCCAAGGAUUACGAAGUGGGAUUCGAUUCAGUGGUCGCCGUUUUGGCUUACAUUUACAGCGGCAGAGUGAGGCCGCCGCCAAAGGGAGUCUCUGACUGCGCAGACGAAAAUUGCCGCCACGUGGCCUGCCGUCCGGCGGUGGAUUUCAUGGUGGAGGUUCUCUAUUUGGCUUCCGUCUUCGAGAUUCCGGAAGUCGCUGCGACGUAUCAGAGGCAUUUGAUGGAUGUUGUAGAGAAAGUUGUCACAGAGGACACUUUAAUCAUACUCAAGCUUGCAAACAUUUGUGGUAACUCAUGCGAGAAGCUAUUGGAUAAGUGCAGAGAGAUCAUCGUCAAGUCGAACGUAGAUUUAGUAACUCUCAACAAGUCACUCCCGCAGCACAUUGUGAAGCAAAUAACUGACACCCGUAAAGAGCUUGGCUUGGAGGUGCCUGAGCCGGAGAAACACGUCACGAAUAUCCUCAAGGCGCUUGAGUCGGACGAUGUCGCGCUCGUCAAGCUGCUUUUGAAAGAAGGCCACACGAAUCUUGACGAUGCCUACGCGCUCCAUUUCGCUGUCGCGUAUUGCGACGUGAAGACCGCGACGGAUCUCCUGGAGCUGAAGCUUGCGGAUGUCAACCGUAGGAAUCCGAGGGGAUACACGGUGCUUCACGUCGCUGCGAUGCGGAAGGAGCCAAGCUUGAUUGCGUUUCUGUUGACAAAAGGCGGCGCAAAUGCGUCGGAAACGUCUUUUGACGGUAGAACCGCGCUCUUGAUCGCGAAACAAGUCGCUAAAGCGGCAGAGUAUAGUUAUAUCCCGGAGAAAGGUGAGUCCUCUCCCAAAGGCCGAGUGUGCAUAGAGAUUCUAGAGCAAGCGAACAAACACGUUCCGUUUCUUGGAGACGUGUAUCCAUCUCUUGUAGUGGCUGCUGAUGAAUUGAAGAAUAGGUUGCUGGAUCUUGAAAGUAGAGUUCAUCUGGCUCGAUGUCUCUUUCCAAUGGAAGCACGAGUUGCAAUGGAAAUCGCUGAAAUGAAGGGAACAUGCGCGUUUGUAGAGACUAGCCUCGAGCCUGAGCGUCUCACGGGUGCAAAGAGGACAGCACCGGAUCUAUACAUAGCACCUUUCAAAAUUCUAGAAGAGCAUCAAAUUAGACUAAGAGCGCUUUCUAAAACAGUGGAACUCGGGAAACACUUCUUCCCACGUUGUUCGGGAUUGCUCGAUCAGAUCAUGGACUGUGAGGACUUGAGUGUACUGGCUUGCAUAGAGGAAGACACUCCGGAGAAACGACUACAGAAGAAGCAGAGGUAUAUGGAAAUACAGGAGACUGUGCUUAAGGCGUUUAGCGAGGACAAGGAGAAUCUUGAAAAGUCGUCUCUCUCUGCUUCGUCUUCUUCCACAUCGAAAUCAACUGCUACAAAGAAGUCUAGUGGUAGAUCCUCUCACCGGCAUCGUCGGUGA